AUGGAGAACUCAGAUGCAAUAUCGCCAAUCGACCGACGCAUGGCGAGAGCACAAGAAACGGCCCUAGCCCGACUCUACGGUCUCCCAAAAGUACACAAAGAGGGCGCUCCUCUCCAGCCUGUCGUAUCGCUAAAGGGUACUCCAACCUACGGACAGGCAAAGUGGCUGUUUUGCCGUCUCAAGUUUCUGACCUCCGAUUCGAACACCACAGUCAACUCUUCAACAGUGUUCUUGGAGAAACUUAGAGGAAUAAGUCUCCUGCCAAGCGAUGUCAUGGUUUUCUUUGAUGUCACGUCCAUUUUUACUUCUAUCCCGCAGGACCUGACAGUCGAGACCAUCGAUCUACUCCUACGAGAGAAAUACGACGAAACGGAAAAUCGCCUCGGACACGCCCAAAUAAUCCAGGUCCUGAAGUUAUGUCACAUGACGUACUUUACGUUUGACAGAACAGUCUACGAGCAGGUGAAGGCAACGCCAAUGGGUUCGUCGAUUUCGAUAAUCAUAGUCGAGGCGGUCAUACAACGGUUAAAGUCGCUGGUUUUCCGACACCGCAGACCGAAAUUCUGGGCCAGAUAUAUGGAUGACAACUUCGUCGUCAUCGAACGGGGCCAGGUGAUGGAAUUCAAAGAAUAUCUCGACGUCGUCUUCUCGGACAUUCAAUUUACGAUGGAGGAGGAAGAAGACAACCAGCUGGCCUUCCUGGAUGUCCUCAUCUGCAGCAAAGAUUGUGGUGGUCUAAAAACCAAUGUGUUCAGGAAAGCGACAAAUACGACACAAAUACUGAACUUCAACAGUAACCACCCGACCAGUCACAAAUGCCGUUGUUCAAGGGCGCUAUACCGGCGCGUUGAGACGCACUGCGGUGAAAUGGAAGGCAAGAUUGCUGAAUCACGAUAUCUUCGACGGGUACUGAGAGCCAAUGGCUACCCGCGCAACUUUGUCAACCAUUACAUACGAAAACGAUACCAGAGACCAAAUCCAACCGGCCCCAAAAUGCUGGCGAGCUCUUCCGUACGUAAAGAACGUCUCCGAAGCCGUCAGUCGUCUUCUCACUCCACUUGGAUUUGGGGUUGCACCCAGGUGGAAGCAACAAUCAGGCGCCAAGUCAUGAGACCGAAAGACCCACUGCCACGGCAGGAAACGUCUGAAGUCGUUUACCGGCUCUGGUGCAGUUGCGGACAAAACAAAUGCGUCGGAGAAACUUGUACAUUACUCCGGACGCGAAUUGCCGACCACGCAGCAGCAGUGAGGCGGGGAGAUGCUAGCUUUCAGAUGGCUGCUCAUUCGAUGGGACCCGGCCAUAUUUUCAAGUUUCAAGAGGCCGAAAUCUUCGCAAGGGGUGACAACCGCGUGAGCCGUGAGCUGCUUCAGUCAUGGUUCUCAGGCCCGCAAUCCGUCAACAAGCGCAACGACCUCGCGUAA